AUGCAAAACGCCGUCUCACGAAACCAGGCGCCAUUUUGUUUGAACAGGUAUGUUUAUUUGCGACGAAAUGAAGUGCUGAUUCCUUGCAGCGCAUAUUUAGUGCAGUGGCUUCAGAUAAAACUGUCUAACUCACCGAACACCCUCAUGGCAAUCAUAUCAACACUGGUGGUCGUUUAUGCGUCCCUCCUUACGCUGGACUGGACUACGGAUCAGGUUCAGGCAAACGAACUGUGCGAGGAACACUGCGGCAGAACGUCACGCUGGAAGACAUGCCUUAGUCGGCACAGAAUUAUGAAAGGUGACCCUGUGUCUAAGCCCUGGCUCGGCAUAAUAGAAAUGACCGACGAUGAGCACAGCGUCAUACACUGUUCUGCUUCUCUCGUCUGCAUCUCCAACGAACUGGCGAUGGCAACUGCCUCUCACUGUUUCCCCGACGGGAUACGAACUGUGAAAAUUUUCCUCAGCGCGUGCGAUAUUACGGAUCCGUCCAAACAUUGCUUCAUGUCAGACUUCUAUUCGAUUGUCACCAAGAAACGUUCUCUGAAAUUGCCAUUUAAGGCCAAUGACAUUGCUAUUGUGAGACUUGCCGAUGAGAACCUACCAAAAGGUGUCACCCCGCUCUGCAUGCCUGAGAAAAAGGAUCGCUGGAAAGCCGGAGAUCAGGCGGAAGUCUUCGGUUAUGGAUUGGACACAACACCGGGCGUCAAAACCCCAAUGCUUCCUCGUACAGCCACCUACAUUUUGAAUUCCACGAGGCAAUGUAAACAACGGUAUACCACGAUAUCCGAUUUUGAGGAUAAAUAUGAAGUUUGCGGAUAUCCUGAGGAUCCUUCAAAGACAAUUAGCGAAGGUGACUCAGGAGGACCUGUUGUUCGGAAGAAUACUUUACUGGCCAUAACUUUGCGUAGUUCCGAGGAUCCAGCGUUUGCCAGCAAUACGAUAUUCACUGAUGUUGUCGGUAAUACACCAUGGCUGAAAAAGGCGAUGGAGGCUCUACCGCACGUCAGGAAGCACGCCAUAUACCACUUAUAG